AUGGAGCUGGUCGCAGGCUGCUACGAGCAGGUCCUCUUCGGGUUCGCCGCGCGGCCCGCCGAGUCCUGGACGGUUGUCCCUGAUUUUACACAUCAUGCCCACUCUGCCUCAUUGUCAGCAGUAGCAGUGAAUAACAGAUAUGUGGUCACUGGGAGCAGAGACGAGACAAUCCAAAUCUACGACAUGAAAAAGAAGAUAGAACAUGGGGCACUGCUGCAGCACAAUGGCACAAUAACUUGUUUGGAGUUCUACGGUACUGCACAUCUACUGAGUGGGGCUGAAGAUGGACUAAUUUGUAUCUGGAAUACAAAGAGAUGGGAAUGCCUGAAAUCCAUUAAAGCACAUAAGGGGCACGUGACAUCUUUUUCUAUUCAUCCUUCUGGGAAAUUAGCUUUGUCAGUAGGAACAGAUAAAACAUUAAGAACUUGGAAUCUUGUAGAAGGACGAUCAGCCUUUAUCAAAAACCUGAAGCAAAAUGCCCACAUAAUUAAAUGGUCCCCUGAUGGAGAGAGGUAUGUGACCGUGAUAACAAAUAAAGUGGAUAUCUACAAACUUGACACAGCUUCAAUCACUGGCACUAUCACAACAGAGAAGAGAAUUUCUUCACUUAGAUUUAUUACAGAUUCUAUCCUUGCCAUAGCUGGAGAUGAUGAAAUUGUAAGGUUCUACAGCUGUGACUCUCAAAAAUGCCUGGGUGAAUUUAAAGCUCAUGAAAACAGAAUAAAAGAUAUCUAUAGUUUUGAAAGAGAAAGACAACGUGUUAUUGUAACUGCAUCCAGUGAUGGUUACAUUAAAAUGUGGAAUCUGGAUCUUAAUAAGAUUAAAGAUGUGCCGUCUUUACUGUGUGAAGUCAAUACCAAAGCUAGGCUGACAUGUCUCGCAGUAUGGCUUGACCAAGCUUCAGAAAUGAAAGAAAAUUCUGAUAAAGCUGCAACAUCAUCUCAAGCAAAUGAAGAUGAAAAAUCAUCAAUAGUCAGGAAAAACAAAUUUCAUUGUACUGAUAAAAGUAAUAAAAGAGCAAAAAGAAAGAGAAAAAUUACUCCAGAGAAGCAAAAACUGGAAGCUGCACUGCAAAAGAAGAAAAAGAAAUGGAAUAGCUCAGCAUGAAGGCAGCUACUUUCUCUCCAGAAUAAUAAGUAAAUGCUGAUGUUGCUGUAGUUUUUAUAAGGAUGUAAACCUCUGACAGGACAUAUACCUCUGAACUGAUCUGUUGUUUAAAAGUAAUGAAUGUUUUUACCCUAAUAAAUUGACUGAUCAUUCUGGGAAGUAGCAAAAGAGAUGGCAACUUUUCCUAAGUGACUGAGGCAAAAAUAAAUUCGUAAUAUUUAAUGUUCAUAUUUUUCUAUUAACAAUAGCAUACACUUUUUAACUGGCUCUGAAAAAGCCAGCUAAAAUGAUAAAAAUAGCUGCAUGUCUCAGUUACAUUUUUGUCUCACUUAAAUGCAUAUUAAAAAUAUGUACACUUUUUAA